AUGGGCCUCCCCACCGUCCCUGGCCUGCUGCUGCCACUGGUGCUCCGGGCUCUGUUGGUGGAUGUGUACCCUGCAGGGGUCCACGGGCUGGUCCUUCACCCUGGGGACCGGGAGAAGAGAGAGAGUUUGUGUCCCCAAGGAAAAUACAGCCACCCUCAAAAUAGGUCCAUUUGCUGCACGAAGUGCCACAAAGGCACCUACCUACACAAUGACUGUCUGGGCCCGGGGCUGGACACGGACUGCAGGGAGUGCGACAAUGGCACCUUCACUGCAUCAGAGAACCACCUCACACAAUGCCUGAGCUGCUCCAAGUGCCGGAGUGAAAUGUCCCAGGUGGAGAUUUCUCCGUGCACAGUGGACCGGGACACCGUGUGUGGCUGCAGAAAGAACCAGUACCGGAAGUACUGGAGUGAGACUCUUUUCCAGUGUCUGAACUGCAGCCUCUGCCCCAACGGCACAGUGCAACUCCCCUGCCUGGAGAAACAGGACACCAUCUGCAACUGCCACUCGGGGUUCUUUCUAAGAGAUAAGGAGUGUGUCUCCUGUGUUAACUGUAAGAACGCAGACUGCAAGAAUUUAUGUCCAGCCACAUCUGAAACUCGUAACGACUUUCAGGACACAGGCACCACGGUGCUGUUGCCGCUGGUGAUCUUCUUUGGUCUUUGCCUGGCAUUCUUCCUCUUCGUUGGCUUAGCUUGCCGCUACCAACGGUGGAAACCAAAGCUCUACUCCAUUAUUUGUGGGAAAUCGACUCCUGUAAAGGAGGGAGAGCCGGAGCCCCUGGCCACAGCUCCAAGCUUCGGUCCCAUCACGACUUUCAGUCCCAUCCCAAGCUUCAGUCCCACCACGACCUUCAGUCCUGUCCCAAGCUUCAGUCCCAUCUCCAGUCCCACCUUCACCCCGUGUGACUGGUCCAACAUCAAAGUCACAUCACCUCCCAAAGAGAUCGCCCCGCCCCCCCAGGGGGCUGGCCCCAUUCUCCCUAUGCCUCCAGCUUCCACCCCUGUCCCCACCCCUCUUCCGAAGUGGGGGGGCAGCGCCCACAGCGCCCACAGCGCCCCUGCUCAGCUCGCAGACGCGGACCCAGCGACACUGUACGCGGUGGUGGACGGCGUGCCUCCGACGCGCUGGAAGGAGUUCGUGCGGCGGCUGGGGCUGAGCGAGCACGAGAUCGAGCGGCUGGAGCUGCAGAACGGGCGCUGUCUGCGCGAGGCGCAGUACAGCAUGCUGGCGGAGUGGCGGCGGCGCACUUCGCGACGCGAGGCCACGCUGGAGCUGCUGGGCAGCGUGCUCCGCGACAUGGACCUGCUCGGCUGCCUGGAGGACAUCGAGGAGGCGCUGCGGGGCCCCGCCCGCCUAGCGCCCGCGCCACACCUUCUCCGAUGAGGCCACGCCCCGCCUCCUGGAGGCCGCCCUGAGGACUGCUGCUUCCUGCCCCGGGCAGCCCUAGGAAGACCUGCGAGAUGCCCUUUGGACUCCCUUUUUCUGGAGAGGAAGGGUCUUGGAGGGGCAGGCGUGAUUUGGCAGCCACUUACCUGGUGCUACACCCUUAGUGUACAUAGCUUUUCUCAGCUGUCUGAGCCCGAAGGGCAGGUUGUGUGUGUGUGUGUGUGUGUGUGUGUGUGUGUGUGUGUGUGUGUGUGUGAGUGUGUUAGAUGUGGAGUGUGUGUGCUCGUGAGAGAGGCUGAAUGUGCCAGGACGAAGGAUAGGUGUGUAUGUGUUAGAGGUGGAGUGUGUGUGCUCCUGAGAGAGGCUGAAUGUGCCAGGAGCCAGAUGCCAGUGGUUGCGGGAAUGAGGGCCGUCAUGCCUCACUACCCAUUUUGGACUUGGAGAACCCAGCAAGCUGCGUGGGGGGCCCCUGUUAGUCCCUGAGCCUGUUUCACCAUAGAUAAGAAGUCUUUGUAACCAUUAUGUACACUAAUAGAGACUUGGCACCCCUUUGUCUCCUGCCUGGACAGGGGCAGAAAAAGCUGAACUGUCCCAAGGCAGGGAAGGCACAGAACAAUGGGGACUCCCGCUGGAGCUG